GUUUGGCCCGCCCGCCGCCAACGACAUCCCGCGGGCCUGCGCCUUCAUCCUCGUCGUUCCACAGAGCUCAUGUUUGUGACGCAUCCCUAACCCUUUGUGCCUUGCCCAACUCCAUAAUAUGUCCAAGCCAUGCUAUGCCACCAAGGUUGGCUCAACAUACCGCCCACACCACUUAUUCCGAUCCAGGCCUUGAGCUCUCCCACCUUCAAUCCUCCUCACCUCGCCGAGUUGCACAGCAAAAUGCUGCUGCAUCACCGGACUUGGAGCCUACAAGCAUCACGGCUGGCCCCCUGCAGAGUUGCGACUCUCACGAACCCUUUCCUUCGAUUGCGGUGACCACUACGGUGCAAGGCGAGGAGCUUCGUGGACCAGGCUCCCGCGUCUGGCACGCCAUAAUGUCUCGAAAUCCGCUCCUACUCAUUCGGUCUUCCCCGGCUUUGGGCACUGGUUCCUACGGUGCAGUGCCCCUCAUAGAAGGCCGGUCGAGGUCCAGUUCGCCCUCGGAGGAUGAAGAGAAUGGACACAUCCACCGAAGAAGUAGCAAGAGCCGUGGCAAAAGGGUACAAUCUGAACACGAUGUGCAGGAUAAUCAUGGGCGCUUUGUAGACGCCCGAAGACGGUAUCGCAGCACAGAAUGGCCGCGGAGGCGGCAGUCAUCUUCGACCUGUGAUGUUGGCAUGGGUCUCGAUGCGAAAACCUCUUUUGCAGUGAACGGCGCCUUUGAUGAAGACAAAGGAGAGUCGUCGAACCCAAAUACUCCAGAAGAUGCAGGCUCAGACGCUGAUGAAGACUACGUUGCUGCUGAAGACGAUCCGCCCGACAACUCUCCCUACCCCGAAGUUCGAGCUUCUGUCCCUGCGACUGACAAUGCUGCUUUGUCAAUAAAUACCCCUCGCAUGUGGAUUUUGUCCUUGUUCUUUGCAAUAGCAGGCUCGGCCACCAACCUGUUCUUCUCGUUGCGAUAUCCUAGCGUCGCCAUAACGCCAGUCAUAGCACUGGUGCUGGUCCAUCCUAUGGGCAAAUUGUGGGAUCUAAUGUUGAAGCGAAGCUCCGAUCCUGACGAGCUCUUCAUCAACGGCACUCUUCAGACGACGGACUCUGUAUUCCCACGGACCCGAAUGCAAAACGUGCGACUUUGGCUAGCCCAGGGUCGAUGGAACGAAAAAGAGCAUGCCUGUGUAUACAUAAGCAGCAACGUGUCCUUUGGGUUUGCGUUCGCUACUGAUGUCAUUGUUGAGCAGCACAAAUUUUACAAGCAGGAUGUGCCCAUACUCUACCAACUUCUGCUCACUAUUUCGACUCAAAUUCUAGGUUACGCAUUCGCUGGGCUCACGAGAAGAUUUCUGGUGCGACCAGCCGCAAUGAUAUGGCCGGGCACCCUGAUGUCGACUGCAAUGUUUACGACAAUGCACAAGGAUGAGAAUAAGCCGGCCAAUGGAUGGAUGAUUUCACGGUAUAGAUUCUUCAUUUAUGUCUGGGCUGCAGCAUUUGCAUGGUACUUCCUACCUGGACUUUUGUUUCCAGCGUUGAGUUAUUUCAAUGUCAUCACAUGGUUCGCUCCACAGAAUGUGGUGGUGUCCAAUCUGUUUGGCGUCGCUUCGGGAUUAGGUCUCUUCCCAAUGACCUUUGACUGGGCUCAGAUUGCCUAUAUUGGUUCACCAUUACUGACGCCGUGGUGGGCAGCUGCCAAUGUCGUUGGAGGAUUGGUUCUGGUGAUGUGGAUAGUCGCGCCAAUCUUAUACUAUAAAAACGUCCUCUUCUCAGGAUACCUACCUAUCCUUUCAUCAGCCGUCUUUGAUAACCAAGGCAAACCUUACGAUGUCAGCAAAAUUCUUACGGCCGACUUCUUGUUCGACAAGGUCGCCUACGACAAUUACUCCAAAGUCUACCUUCCAAUCACAUACGUCCUCUCAUAUGGCGUACAAUUUGCAUCACUUUCGGCACUACUCACUCACACCACAUGCUGGCACGGACGUGAUAUCUGGCGCCAGUCCAAGCAAGCUUUCAAUGAAAAGCAAGAAAAGCCCGGUGUCGCAUAUCAAGCCGUGCCGCACCGCGACGAUGACUAUAUUAUACGCCGGGUUGACAGUCAAACCAUCCAAGCAGGUGGCGAGGACGUGCACAACCGCUUGAUGAAACGUUACGAGGAUGUCCCCAUGGUGUGGUAUGCUCUCACAUUCGUGGUCAUGCUAGCCGUGGGAAUGUUUGUUGUCGAAUACUACCCAGUCCACCUACCUUGGUACGGACUAUUGAUGGCCUUGGGCAUUACUACGGUUUUAUUCAUCCCAGUUGGCAUUGUCAUGGCCAUAACCAAUCAGCACAGCAGUCUGUACUUGAUCUGCCAGCUCAUAUGCGGCAUGGUCUUUCCCGGCCGACCGGUCGCAAACAUGGUCUUUGUGACCUAUUGUUACAUCAGCUCAGCUCAAGGUAUCAAGUUCUCCUCGGACAUGAAAUUGGGGCAUUACAUGAAGAUCCCACCGAAACUACUCUUCAAAGUCCAGAUGGUCGCCACGCUGGUGUCAAGUCUCGUCCAGAUUGGCGUCCUCAACUGGAUGUUUACUAAUAUCCCGGGGAUUUGCACACCUCAGGCGAUCAAUGGGUUCAAUUGUCCCAUUGCCCGGGUUCAUUUCAACGGCAGUAUCCUCUGGGGUGUUGUUGGACCGCAAAGAUUCUUUGGUCCGGGAGCUCUGUAUCGGCCUCUGGUCUGGGCCUUCUUAAUGGGAUUCGUUGCCCCGAUACUGGUGUGGCUUAUGGGCCGGGGUAAAAAGAAGACGAUCUGGCGCAAGGUCAAUUUCCCGGUCUUGUUUGGCAGUUUAAGCUGGAUCCCGCCGGCUACGGGUCUGAAUUUCUCGAUCUGGGGAGUUGUGUGUUUUGCCUUCAAUCAUGUCAUGAAGCGUAGGGCAUCGGCGUGGUGGGGAAAGUAUACCAUGACUAUGUCGGCUGCGCUGGAUUCUGGGCUGGCAUUCUCGCUGGUCGUCAUCUUCUUUGGAUUUGUGUACCCGGGCUUGAUGGACAAUUUCAAGUGGUGGGGCACGGAGAUAUAUAAGCAGGGCUGUGACUGGCAGGCUUGUCCUUGGAUGAGGUUGAAGCCAGGAGAGAGGUUUGGUCAGUGAUGGACAUUGAGUAAGUAGGAAGCAGGAAGAUCAGAGGCCUGAUGGUCGUGAGUGAGCGUGAUUACCGUACAUAGAGAUGAGAAUGAGCUUAGGCCGUGAUGACAACGGGAAGGAUGAGACUAAUAUAGUAAGGCUCUGGAAGCCAUGAUCACGCAUGCGCAGGGUAGUGCAGUGCCUCUCCGUGGUCUGCCACCAGAUGAUCCUGGCCAAGGCUGAGAUUCCAGGGGCGAGGCAUUAUAACUUGGUCGAGAUUUCCGUAAUGUGCACCGAGUUCCUACAGGAAUCAAGUGAUAUGAAUUCCCGGAAAGUCAUAUCAA